AGCAGCAAAACGGAAAUGUUGAGUGCUUGGCUCGAUUUACUUCGUCUUAAAUUUAUUUCUGAUUACUCUUUUGACAAGUAUAACCACAAAAAAAUGUCCGAAGAAACAUAUGAAUUUCAAUGCAUGCGAGCAGAAUUACUGGGUUUGGAGAAGCCUAGUUUAGAAGAGUUCGAAAGGAACCGGGAAGAGCGUUUAAAGCAACAGCAAGAAGAAUUGGAUGCUGCCGAGGCGCAACUUUUAGAGGAGCAAGACGAAACUCUGAAUAAUACGGGGGGUAAAUUGGAUGAACUUAACACUAUUUUGUCGUCGACACAGCAGAAAUUGAACCGUUUCAAGCAAACUGCUUGCACUAGUUUAUCAAAUAUAUUUAGCAGAAGUGGAUCCUUGCAGACGGACGCAGUCAAUCCCGGCAAAGAGGAAUCUGAAACAAAUCCAUCAACUUCCGGAGCAAAUACCCGACGAAAUACUACGGCGUGCACUUCAAAUAUAAAUCCAACAUCGAAUAUAACUGAUCAGGGUGAUAACGAAAUGUUGGACCCUGAACAACAACAUCAACCAGGCGAACCGGUUAUACCAAUUGAAAAGAUACGCGCCGCCAAAGAUGAUGUGCAAAAGAAAAUGACUUCUCAUCUUCACAAAUUGGAUUCGUUAAUCAAUAAAGCCGAUCAAGCAGAAAUUUCGAUGGCCGAACAAACAAAGCAAAUGCGUAAAAUGACUAAAUAAUUUCGAAAUGCUAAA